AUGGCCAUGAAUCAGAUUCCCGGCCACAAUAUCUACAUUGGGGGAAUCUUUUGCCUCAAGAACAAAGCCGCUCUAGCCAAAGCAGACAUUAGCCAUGUUCUGUCUGUGUUACGGCUGAACCCUGCCGAGGACACCUUUGCCUCUUUUCAACAUCUGGCCAUCGAUGCUGAUGAUGUCGAGGAUGAAAAUCUCUUGGAGCAUUUCCCUGCUGCGAUCCGGUUUAUUCAGGCUGGAUUGGAUAGCGGUGGUGGUGUAUUGGUACACUGUGCCAUGGGCAAAUCUCGAUCCGCAGCAAUAUGUAUUGCCUAUCUCAUGCAUCAGCAGCCCGGUGCGCUCACACCACAAGCCGCUCUGGAUAUCAUCAGGCAAUCUCGACCGCUCUGUGAGCCGAAUGAUGGCUUUAUGAGACAGCUAGAGCUCUACCAUGAGAUGGGCUGCCCCGAUACGGUGUCAGAUAACCCCAUCUACCAACGCUGGCUAUACCACCGAGAUGUGGAGGAGAGCGUGGCAUGUGGGCGUGCUCCUGAGUUGAAAUCAGUGCGCUUCGAGGAUGAGUUACCGGUGCAACCCGCGCAGAACGAUAGUGGCCGCUCUAUGGAGAUCAAAUGCCGCAAGUGCCGACGCACUCUUGCAACCACCUCAUUCAUCAUCAACCAUGAGAGAGACACGCAGCGACGCUCCCGAACGGCGCCGAACGCGGAAUGCGCACAUGUCUUUCUCCAUCCGCUCAAAUGGAUGCGGCCCAGUUUGUUCCCAUCUUCGGUGCAAGAAGGCUGCGAUCCGGACGCAGACUCCACGUACGACGACUACUCCGUCGACGCUCCUUUGUCCGGUCGUCUCACGUGUCCCAACGCGGGCUGUGGGGCCAACAUUGGGAAAUUCGCCUGGCAGGGUAUGCAGUGCAGCUGUGGUGGAUGGGUGGUGCCUGCGAUCGGGCUGGCGAAAGCUCGCGUGGAUAUUGCCCAGCGAGUGAAUCCCGCCGCACGUGGCUCUGGCGGUCCGGCGACGGGAAUUCGGUUGCCUCCAGGGAUGCGGUCCGAGGGCAGUGAGCCUGGCUCUGGACGUGGGAAUUUGUGA